GAAUUUCUUUGUUCGCGUUGAAUGGGGAAACUUUCGAUUCGUGUGCGCUGUUCAUUCGGAUUGUGACCAAACGAUGCGUCAUCGAGUUCACUUAGUCUCGAAAAAAUGAAUUAAGAGCGAAUUCGAUAACCAAAGCUACAACUUGAGUACGAAUAAUGAUUCAGAAUUCGAUACGAGUAAUGGUAGAUGAUCGACAAAAGCGAUGGAACCCGAGAGAAGCAUGUGCAUGUGUCAUCCACGAUUCUUGUGCUGUUGUGCUUGACAUGGCUUGGCACGCGUUGCCAAGAUGGUGGUAUUGGUGGUAGUAAUGGAGGCACGACGACGCUAGUCCAACUUCUUUGCGUGUCAUCGUCUCGCUUUGGUGUUUCUCUUUAAUUCUUCCUUAGCUCCACGGAUUCUCAGAGGGUGUUUGGCUUUCAUGAUGCACGUUGGUGUCGAGAAGCUGUUGAUGAUGUGUUAGUUGUGUAUGGUUAUGUGCAGUUGUGUGAAUCGUCACGAAGAGAUCGCUAGACGGUCGGUACAUCUGUGAGAUCGCUGGUGCGCCGUCCAAAAAUAGACAAAUGAACGAAGAGCGUGCCAUCCUUGUCGGUGGUUCCACGCAUUCUGUAACAAUGCAUAAUUAUUAAAAGGUUCGUGAUCAACGCCAAAUAGGAAUGGAAGUGCUCAAAACCAGCCAGGAGAUAGUGCACGAAGGAUGGCUCAUUAAGUCGCCACCCACAAAACUUUGGCGAGCGCGAUGGAGGAAGAGAUGGUUUGCUCUUCGACAUAGCGGAGAGUUACCUGGACAGUACUUUUUAGAAUAUUAUACGGACAGACCUUGUAGAAAGUUGAAAGGUCGUAUCGACCUUGAUCAAUGCGAACAGGUAGAUGCAGGAUUAAGAUUCGAGAACCGAAAACAAAAGUAUCAAUACAUGUUCAAUGUUAAGACACCAAAAAGGACGUACUAUUUAGUGGCAGAAAGCGAAGCUGACAUGAAUAAAUGGGUAGAUGCAGUUUGUCAAGUAUGCGGUUUGAAGGCAUACACGCAAGACGAAGAACAACAAUGUCAAAUGUUCCAGUUUGAAACGCAAGAAUCCCCACCAAUUUCACCUACUAGCACUAUUUCUGGUCCUUACAUUCCUAUCAGCGAAUGCAUUUCUGGUCGUCGUUUAAAUGACACAAGUUCUCUUAAUUCUACACUUGGUCAAGGACCUGAACAUUACGAUGCCCCGAGACGAUUAGCCCCUUCUCCGCCUAGAUCUCCAACUACGACCGACGCGGAAAGUGUCUUUACCGAUGACGAAUGGUCUGCUCCUGUCCCUAGCGUUAACUGGGAUACGUUUCCUUCGGGUGAAUCGAAACAACCGCAAAGUUCAGGCGAUGCCGAGAUUGGUUCUUGGAGUGUUAGAAAACGAUUUGGGAAGUUGAGAAUCGUUGAUUCUGCUGUACUACCUUCUGUGGAGAAGUUACCAGCACCUCCUAGACCACCGAAACCUCCGCAUAUGUUACCUGAAAAUCCUGGUCAUAAUUAUUUAAAUUUAGAUGGCGCUACCGAAAGCUCAAAACCUACUACUCCGGCCACACCUGCACCAUCGACACCCGCGACUGCAAUCGUAACAGACGAAUCCUAUGAUUUUCCGAGAUCUCAUCAACCUGGUCAAGUACUCGAUCCAAAUCCGAUCGAUCGAUCGUCUAAACAUUUUUACUCGAACGCCGCCCCUAGUACUGUCGAAGAAACGCGCGUGUUCCGAUACGACUUUCAAGAAGAUGAACCAUCGAGUCCUCGCUCCGAAAGUUCGACAACUGCUACGUAUUCAAAUUUACCGAGUCCACUUGUCCGAGAUAAUUCAACUUCUGUGCCAACGACAAUGGCACCGCCACCACCAGUUGUUUACCGGGAAUUAAAACCAGGAAGAAAAACUAGCGACUCCACAUCAAUUAUUAGUAAUGAACCUUCACCAGGACCAAUAGUGCCAGCUCUGGAAAUAAGUUCUGCUGAACAUUCGCCUGCUGAACCACCGAGUAUUAAUAGAAAGCUCAAACCAUCUUUAAACAAAUCUCCGGUGGAAAGUACAGGACCUCUACAAUUAGCUUCUCCCCCUGGAAGAGGAAGAAUAAGAGCAGCCCCUAGUCCAACGCCUCCGAGUCAUGUACAUUCAAAUCGACACCAGUCAACAUCGGAUGAAGAUAACAACGCUUUCGAUGACAAAGAAGAGAUAUACUACUAUCAAGAUCAAAAUACGUUCAUUCCUGCUUCAAAUCGGAGUCUUGUUGUUUUGCAAUAUUUAGAUCUUGAUUUAGAAGCAACAGAAAGUUUUACAUCUUCGAGUUUACCACCAACUCAAUCUCCGCCAAAUACAACGGUAUACAAAACAGUGGAUUUCUUAAAAACUGAAGCAUUUAAUCGUACCCGUCAACGAGUCGAAGAAGAAAGAAAACAAUGCACGGACGAACUUGCUUAGCGUAAGCUUUUGCCUUUGUUUUGUAUUUUCUUUGCUAUAUGAAUCAUCAAAGAGAGAAAGCAGAAGAUUCGCAAACAGUUUUAAGUAGUGUAUAGUACUGUUACUAUUUUACUAGCACUUUACGACAUUACAAGGCUGCGACACGUACGCAGUACUUAGCGACUCUUCCGAUGCUUUUUAAAUUUUUAUGUUUGUUAUUAAGUCGAAGGUGAUUACAUAUCUUCGUUAUCAAUGAUAUACGACUAGUUGGAAACCGAAGAGAUAGCAAUAUUCAAUGGACCAAAAAUGUAAUGUUAAAGUUAAGGGAAAACGAUCAUGAGACGAUAAAAAAGGUCUUUUGCGUGACUUGAUGUAUUACAAUUUGUUAAAGAAUUUUUAAUUAGAAAAGUAAGUAUUAUUACAUGUAGGUACGGUUACUGUUUUUAUAUAGGUUUUACAUAUAACUAAUACGUGAAAGAGGCAUUUUUAUUAUCGACCAUACAACGAAUUACGUACGUAUGGUAUUGCUGAAAUUUUUAGAUAUCCUAAUUUUAACUAUUAAACAAAUAAUAUCUAAUAUAUUUUCGAUGUGCCUGAAUUUAUUGUUUUUUUUUCCUGAGGUGAUGAGUUGUUUGUUAUUGCAUGGACGAACAGUAGGAUAUCAUAUUUAUAAACUACGAAUAUGAUGGACGGAUAGAAAUUAUUUCACAAUUACCCUUGAAAAAAUAUUAAGUAUUUUCGUUUAUAUUGGUUUUUAUAGUCUUUAAUGAAAACCGUUGAUAUAAUUAUUUAUGUCUUACGCUAUAUCAAUUAAAUUAUAUUUUUAUUGUUAUCUAUUUUCUCUUCUUUUUGUGGCGUUAUAAGGCAGGUUUUUUUAAAUGUAUAAUUUAUAUUUAACUAUUAACAGUGCGAUCGCUGUACCUGCUGCCAUGGGUUACUAACGUAUGGUAAUCAGAAAUCCUGGUCACAAAAUCGUAACUAUUACAACACAAAAUCACAUGCCAUAGUUAGACGUGUAUACAUACGCAGCAAAAGUACAGGAAAAUAUAUUUUAUGUAUAAAAAAAAGUGUAUACAUAUACGACAAUACAUAUAUGUAUACAAUUUUAUUUUUAUAAUGACUGUAUUGUAAUUUCCUUACCAUAAUGGAAUUUCAACAUUAUUGGAAAAUUAUUUGUCUUAAUAUUUGUACGAGUUCAAAUAAGUACCGAUCUAUAAUAUAUUUCAUUGCUGGGGUUUCAAGAUAUCCUUUACUAAAUGUAGACUGAUCGAAAACAAAGGAACGAGUAGAAUAGUUUCAGGGUACAAGUUAUAAUUUCUUAUAAGUAGGUGUUAUCGUAAAACAAAUCAUAUCACGAUAACGCGAGAAAUUAAUUUUUAAAUAAAUAAUUUUUACGAC